CUGCCAUCACUCCUCUACCAUCACUCCUCUACCAUCACUCCUCUACCAUCACUCCUCUGCCAUCACUCCUCUACCCUCUACCAUCACUCCUCUACCAUCCCUCCUCUGCCAUCCCUCCUCUACCAUCCCUCCUCUGCCAUCACUCCUCUACCAUCACUCCUCUACCAUCCCUCCUCUGCCAUCCCUCCUCUACCAUCACUCCUCUGCCAUCCCUCCUCUGCCAUCACUCCUCUACCAUCACUCCUCUGCCAUCCCUCCUCUACCAUCACUCCUCUGCCAUCACUCCUCUACCAUCACUCCUCUGCCAUCACUCCUCUGCCAUCACUCCUCUGCCAUCACUCCUCUACCAUCACUCCUCUGCCAUCACUCCUCUGCCAUCACUCCUCUACCAUCCCUCCUCUACCAUCACUCCUCUGCCAUCACUCCUCUACCAUCACUCCUCUACCAUCACUCCUCUACCAUCACUCCUCUACCAUCACUCCUCUGCCAUCCCUCCUCUACCAUCCCUCCUCUGCCAUCACUCCUCUGCCAUCACUCCUCUAC